AGAGAGAGUCAGUCAGAGAGAGAGAGAGAGAGAGAGAGGAAGAGAGAGAGAGUCAAGGAGAGAGAGGGAGAGAGAGAGUCAGACAGAGAGAGAGUGAGAGAGAGAGAGAGGCACACGUAAAGGCUUCUUUGCAGUGUAAACUACUGAAUUAUUUUUCCUUGUAUACAAAAUUUACCUCACACUCUGACAUGAGUGCCCUUGGACUGGUUCAUUAUUCCUAGAUUUUAUUUUUUUACGUAUUUUAGUAGAAUACAUUACACAGCAGAGCCCUGUUGGUUUAACCUGAGCGAGGAAUGGCCGUCCCCAGGAGAGCUGGACGACUACGGACUCAACUUCCAAACUGCUACUAUGAGGGGUACCUGGAGAAGAGGUCGUUUAAAGACAAGACAUCUCGGAAAUUGUGGACUUGUCUAUGUGAGAACACUCUGUUCUUCUUCAACACCAACAAAGAUAAUGAUUAUGUAGAUAAGCUUGCUCUCACCAACUUCAUCUCCCUAACGGAUGACUGCAAUCGGGAUAAAAACUUAGGGGCGGCAAGACUAAACCUUCACAUGAAGAACGAAGACUUUAAAUUAACUGCGCCUAGCCUUGAGGCCCGGGAGCUCUGGAAAGGCUACAUCUACUCUGUGGUCGAGCUGGCCGUGCCCGGCUCUCUCAACCUCCUGCCCGGACAGAUUCACCUCCUGAGGGAAACGGUGGAGAGAGAGAGGGAGAGACUCCGCCACGCCUCCUCUCCCCCGGCACAGUCCAACCCCGACCUCUACGUCAGCCUGCUGUCGGAGAUGCCCUUGUGUUUCCAGCGCGUGUCUCGCUCCGAGGCGGAGAACAUUCUGGAGAAACACAGAGGAAAGGGCAACCUGUUGCUGCGCCCCAACCGGGACGGGGCCUCAUUCGCUGUCACCACCUUCCAGGAUCUCAACGGGCCCGUGUUCAAGCACUACCUCGUCACCAAGAAACACGACGGGCACUUUUCCAUCGACAUUGACAACCCAAUCCCUUGUGCCACUUUACACGAUGUCAUCAACUGUCUGGUGGAAAAGACCAGUGGAGUUCUAACCCCCUUGAUUCUGGAGGCGCCGUAUGAAGAGAGCAUCACGUUUGUUCAGUCUAAUGAAGAGAACGGAGAGAGAAGUCUCCACUGUGCCUCCAGCAGUCCCAUCCCUCCUGCCUUUACCUCCAACUCAGAGACUGACUCUGCCUCUCCCCCUGCCUCUCCCCCUGCCCCUGACUCUGCCCUUACCUCACCCCCGGACUCGACCCUGACACUACCACCUAAACCAGUUCCAAGAGAUCAAGAUUGUUAUGAAGUACCUGAGUCGGAAACAGGGGAGAGGAUUUACCUGAACGACCCAUACGUGAAGGAGGAGGAGCCAGCGCCGCCCAUUCCCCCCCGCUCCCGCCUGCCAAUUCUGAAGACACCAGUGCCGGCUCACAGUUCUCUGCCCAGAGAAACGAUCCCGGAGAGGAAAGCUCUGAAGCCACCAGGGAUGCACCCUGGUUCUCGCUCGUCCCCCCUUCUCCCGAGACCUACCUUCGCCCCCACUCCCACCCCCAGGCCUUCCUUCCCGCCUACCCCACGGCCGACCCCGGCCCCCACCCCCAGGUCCCACUCGGUCCCAGAGGCCAGGUUGAGAACCCUCACUGCUGGGAGAGCAGGUGUAGCCAUCCAGCCAGGCUUGUCUGAGGAGCUGAAACUGAAGCUGGAGAAGAGACGGGCUGUUGAAUAGCGCCCUCUCCUGGUGACUCCUCGACAACAAGGAAGGACAAUCAGGAAGACUUAAAGACAGACAUGUGACGCCCUGGAAGAAAGCCCGAGAGAGCCCGCCCUAAUCACUGGCAUCUGAUUGGAUCGUGGGAGUCUCGCAAACCACAACGAAGCUUCGGACGGGGAAAGGAGUCGUCUUCUUCCGGUGCGCUUCUACCUCCUGCCUCUGCGCCAAUGAGCCUUGAAGUCGCUCCAGACCCCCUGCCGGGAGAGCUCAGUCCCCUCCCCGUUGGCGCUGCCUCUUCAAAGAUUAACGCUUUAUUGAUUUUUCCUCGUCGGCGGGGCUUGUUGGCAACUCAGUAGCAAAUUACUGGACGGUAAAUCUUUAUGUAGAUGUCACGAUUAGCACCUUGUCCGUUUGUUUUGGAACGUUUGCACAUUUAAAUCAAAAAAAGUUUAACUUUUGAUUUUAUAUAAUCGAAUGCAGUAUCAAAUAUUUGCUCUACAUAUCAGUGUUGUUUCUUAGUAUUUGUUUCUCAUCAAAAUGUAUAGUUGUACGUUAUAUAUUUCUUUUGUGACAGGAAAACACAAGACUACCUUGCAGAUUUAUUUGCUUCGUGUGACAGAUACAUACUGUAGUGGAAAUAAAAAGAAACCUAUUUACAUUGUGAGAUAUUUUACACCACGUGUAAAAUAAAGUUAAAAAGUCUCGUCAGGAACAUUUUAAAGCAUUGCAGGUUAUAUCUAUCUAUAAGAUGCAUACAGUACCAGCCACGUGGCAACUUAGGACUUACAGAAGAGCACCCAAGCACUGAAUUCAGACACUACUGUAUGUGACACGAUUAGGGACUAGUGAUAACAUUGAUAAACAAAUGCUCUUCAGUGACGUUAACUUUCAUCAUCGGCUUUUACGACCGUUCCAUUUUCUCUGGUCGACUCAGAGAGCAACUAAACUCUCUUUUCAGGAAAGC